AUGACUGGCAUCCCCAUCCAGUCGUCCACCCGUACAAGUCCACGGUCUCAUACUACCGCCCAGCGCACACCCUCCACUUCAUCGGGCGCGUCACCUACCCAGCAGUCGUUUUCCUCUUUGCCUUCGACGGCUCAGAAUGCGAUGUCGACCGACGUGUAUCACCACGCAUCCGCGUCGCAGGGACCGACGUCUAUAGGCCCGGAUUUCUCCUCCUACUCCUUCUCGCCACUUAGCCCGUCGUCAUCAUUUGACAACAUGCCCCCAAAUUCCUCGUUCGAUGGCAUCUCGCCCGCCACCAUGCGCCUUGACUCGGAUCGACCAGCGCAGAACCUCAACGGCUUUAUCCGGCCCGCCGACACGAUCGGCGGCGGCGGCGCGAUUCUGAUGCGGAAGCUUCCCAAGAAUACGAGUCGCGAGACGUUGCGCAGCAUGCUGCUCUUCUCAAAUGAACUGUUAGAGGUGGAUUUCGUACAAUCAGACCUCCCGGAAGAUACCGGGUUCCUCAGCGCGAUCGCGCACUUCAGCAGCAUGGCUGCGGCAGAGGAGGCACGGAAAUUGCUCGACGGGAAGCCGAACUCGAAGAACGACGCUACUAUGGUAGUCGAAAUCUACAACAAUAGCCCGGCUCCUCCUUUUCUUCCUCGUCGCAAUACCAUUGACCAUUCCGCUGCAGGCCGUACCCUGAUGAGCAACGGGACGGGUACGCGACAAUCGCGAUUCAAUGGUACUUUUCAAACUAUGGAGAAAAUGUCUUCUGCGCACCCAGCCGGCUCAUCCGCCAACGAAUCUCUCCCGCCUUCGUCCGAGCCAAAUGUGCGCCUCCAUGGUUUCUUCUCUCCCCAGUCGCCGCUCGGAAAUGGCGUUUCUGAAUUUCAACGCGUCACUGGCAAGUCGAUGAUAGACCAGGAUAUCGACGAGGAUACCGGAGAGUUGCUCAAGGACCCCGUCGGCUACGCCGAGAAUGGUCAUUCUGCCUCAGUCUCCGCACCACGCCGGUCUACCAACCCACAGAUUCCCACCAGCCAUUUUGCUAACCUCUCGCUGGCAACUAAUUUAACAUCACCGCCGAUCCAAAACUACACUCCCGGAGGUUCGGCGCACGUGACACUCCCAACGCCGUCAUCGGCAUACCCCCAGCCCAUGAAUGGUGCCGUGGGCAACCCUCCGUAUCCUUACAGCUCCCAGCAUACAGCCCGGCACAGUUUUCCAGCUGCCAAUCCGAACGACAUGAAUCCCCCUUGCAAUACUUUGUAUGUGGGUAAUCUUCCACCGGAUACCCAGGAGGAAGAGCUAAAGGCGCUGUUCUCGAAACAACGCGGCUAUAAGCGCCUCUGUUUCCGCAAUAAGCAAAACGGGCCCAUGUGCUUUGUGGAGUUUGAGGACGUGCGCACAGCAGGCAAGACUCUCAAUGAGCUAUACGGCUACAAACUCUCCAACAGUAUCAAGACCGGCAUUCGCUUGAGUUUCUCCAAGAACCCGCUUGGAGUGCGUUCUGGACAGCAAGGAUCCAUCAGCUCGUCGAAUCCCCAUCCCCAGCAAGGUGUUAUCCAGGGCGGUGCUGGUCUUGGGGGGAUGCCGAAUCACAUGUUCUCCACGGUGAGCGGACCGCCGCCGGGUUUGGCGACACCACCUGGCUUGAUGCCUCCAAUGGGGCUUAGGAACAACGGUGUUAUGCACCCCGCCGGUUAUUCCCACACGCAUAUGCCUAUGAACGGAGUGAACGGCUCAUUCAACCCCAAUGCUGGCCUUGGUAUUCGACCAAACGCUCUAAACCCGUCAAUGAUGCCACCACAACCUUUACACAAUGCUGGAGCCAAUGGCGCCAACAUAGGGCAGCGCUCUGGCAAUGCUACCCCGAACUAUCCUCCUCCGGACUACAUGAUGGGGCGGUAG